UAGGCACGGCAGGAUUGCGCGCGACGCCAUAAUAUCGCGAGUCCUCACGUCCAGAAGUGCCAGCUUUAUUUCCAGUUAAAUAUCUACAUUACCAGUGAAUCAGUCAGAGGUAUCAUGGCGAAAGACAUGAUGUUGUAUUGGGGCAUCGGUUCCCCGCCGUGCUGGAGGGUGAUGAUCGCGCUGGAGGAGAAAAACCUGCAGGGAUACAACAACAAACAACUGUCGUUUGAGAAAGAAGAACACAAAACUAAAGAAGUGACGGAUCUCAACCCACGAGCACAGCUUCCAACUUUCAAGCAUGGAAACCUCAUCGUGAACGAGUCGUUUGCUGCAUGCAUGUAUCUGGAGAGUGCGUUCAAAUCUCAAGGUACCCGUCUGAUCCCAGAUAACCCGACUGAACAAGCACUCAUUUAUCAGCGCAUGUUUGAGACCAACAACCUGCAACAGAAAAUGUAUGAUGUAGCAUUUUAUGAGUGGGUGGCACCUGAGGGAGAGAGACAUGAAUCUGCCCUGAAGAGAAAUAAAGAGAAUUUAAUUGCAGAGCUAAAACUGUGGGAGAGCUACUUGGAGAAGAUGGGGAAAGGGUCAUACCUCGCUGGAAAGAACUUCUCCAUGGUGGACGUUGUUUGUUUCCCAGUUAUAGCAUAUUUCCCAAGACUUGAGUGUCCUAAAGAGAGAUGUCCCAGACUGAUGGAGUACUAUGACAUGGUGAAGGACCGUCCCAGUAUUAAAGCCAGCUGGCCAGCUGAAUGGCUGGAGAAACCAGAGAAACAGUACACUCUGAAAAACUUAUGAAGACCACCUGAAGAUGUUCAUAACACUGAAGAAUCUUACUAGACAAACAAACAACACAGGUGGAAAGAGUGAAACUGCAUCUAAUUCUGACUGAUUUCACACCUCAAAUUAAAUCAAAUAUGAAACAUGCAAAUGCUGUCCAUUCAAUUACUACAACUAUGAUAUCAUAUGUUAAAUAUGUUAAAUAAUGAGGCUGCUUUUAAAGCUUUGAUUUGAUGUUAUUUGACAAGUUAACCCAAAGCAUCUGUUAACAUCAUUGUCAUUUAAAUAUUAUAAAGCAGACUGCUUAAUUAACAGGAAUAUUGUAAUGUCUUUCAAACUAGACACUCUGUUAAUGGACAUGUAAUGGUAAAUGAACAUUAAUAAACACGAACAUGAUGAACAACUUUUGUAUUAAUUUACGUAGACUACAUUUUACACAGUUUUUACAUUAAAAUGAAUACUUAAAAUGUAAAUGCACACUAUGAAAAAUACUUUGCAUGAAAUAAACCAGUUUUACAAGA